UGCAAGCAUUUUGAUAAGACGAAAGGAACAAAGUCGACCAGUCAUCAUUUAUGCUAGUAAAAAUGGUCACCCAGACUCCACGCAUGUGGCGGAAAUCCAAAUGAAAACAAACCUUCCAUGAGAAUUCUCAGAAUAUAUUUUAACACCGACUUGAAUGGCAUAUGUUAACAAUAGAUCAUGGCCUUAUUAAAAACUUGCGGAAUGAUGUGCAGUGCCCACAUUUUGAGACCCUGUCAUUUGAAGCCAGUGCAAGUUCGUACUGUCGUGAAAAAUGUCUAUGAGAUGGUGGAUUAUAAAAGUUCGUUUAGUGAUCAACAGAGGGACAUUAUAUUAAAAACCAUUAAUGAAAGUGACAGUGCCGAUCAAUUGGUGGAGAAAGGGGUGGCUAAAUCGCAAUCCGCCAAAAUCUGGAGUCAUCUCAAUCAACAUGGACCUUUCCAGAAGAUUGAGCAACUUUUGGAUGUAAAACGCUUCAAUGUGUCAACAGUGGAAAAUUUAGGCAAGAAGAUCUUAUUAAAACGAGAAUUGGCGCCCAGAGAAAUGGAGUCCAGCCAAUCGCAAGAAGAUUUGUCCGAACUCAUCGAAGCCAAGACCAACGACAAUCUAGCCAAGCAGGUUCGGCCUCCACUGAAAAUCGCCCUCAAGGAACUCCAUACACCCAAGUCCAUCUUGGCCCUCAAAUACAAUCUGAAGCACUUAUCAUUCAUUCAUAUGAGCUCUUCAUCCCCAUCGUCCAUCUUAGCUUGGGAUUGCAUACCGAUUUUCACUGGUAACUUCGGUAACGCCAACUUCGAGCCAUUCAGGAUCUACGAAACUUGUCAAGAGGUUUUCAGUACUUUACCCAUAGACGACAACAUGGUUUUUGUGACUGAAAACGAAGUCCGGAUCACCGACAAAGAUCCCUACAUCCAACUCAAAGUGCGAACCCUUCAGAUCCAGGCCUCUUUAAUGGCCUUAUUGAAUCAAGGAGGCCCGAAUCGGGUGUUCAAUCUCAGGUCCAUGGUGACGAAUUCAAUGUACAAUCUCAAAAUGGGCAAUGAUCGGGUGCUGGUCGGUGAUCUGGUCCGGAAUAUGGUGCAAGAUAAUCGAAGUGAGAUCGACCCUUUGGCUUUGCGGAACUUUGCCAAUGUAACAAACUUGAAGCAAAGGGAACAAAUGGCCAUGACCUUUUUGGUGGGCGAGGCUUUCUUAAAGAUACUCCGACAUGUUUCAGAAUAGAAGUGAGAGUAUGUAUUGCAAGGAGAAAGAGAU